ACUAAUCCCCAACCCAAAACCCUUCUUCCCCCACGACCCCUCACCCGGAGAACCGCAGGCCGGCGGCGAGGAAGACCAAGACGAAAGCAUCACCAUGGUGGUCCGGAUCCGGCUCGCGCGGUUCGGCUGCCGCAACCGGCCCUUCUACAGGGUGAUGGCCGCCGACAGCCGCUCCCCGCGCGACGGCAAGCACCUCGAGGUCCUCGGCUACUACAACCCGCUCCCCGGGAAGGAUGGUGGCAAGAGGAUGGGGCUCAAGUUCGACCGGGUCAAGUACUGGCUAUCUGUUGGAGCACAGCCAUCAGAUCCCGUGCAGCGUAUCCUCUUCCGUGCCGGUGUUCUGCCGCCGCCUCCGUUGCUAGCUAUGGGCCGGAAGGGUGGACAUCGUGACAGGAACCCCAUUCAUCCGAUGACUGGCCGUCCCUUGGAUCUUGAGGGUGUCACGAUUGUCGAUGAUCCCAAUGCUGCUGAAGGUGAUGCUGAAGCACCUACAGAACCUUCGUUGGAGGCGUGAUAGAUUCUGUUUUGGCAUAUUGAGUGGUGCUGCAAGACAAAAGAAUUUGUUUGUUGUGCUUCUGAUAAGAUUAUGAGCACGUAGUGUAUGAUCUUCAACAAUUUCGUCAUGUAACUCUGCUUUGUUAGCCUUUGCUGCACCAUGGGUUAGCCAGCCGUCUCCAGUCUACUAUGCCGUGUCCUAAUAUGAUUCCUUUUGAAUGGAUUAUGCAAUUUCUGCAUUCCUUUUGGAUGCUCAAGUUGACAAAUAAUAAUUCAAGUAAAGUGUUGAACUGGGUGCCCCAU